AUGAAGAGGGUAGAUGUAGACCCAACAUGUCCUAAGUGUGGUGUAGAUCAUGAGAAUGUUUUACAUGCAUUGGUUUCGUGCGCUUAUUCCCAACUAGUUUGGUGUGAAUUCAAUUUACCUACUGCACCUUCUGUUGGAAUGUCUUUUAGCAUGUGGUUCUCAAAUAUUUUGCAUACCUUUUCUGAAGGAGACAUUACACGCACGGUUGCGGCAUUAUAUUACACGUGGCGCGCAAGGAAUCAGGCUGUCUGGGAUGGUCUUCUACCACUGCCAAGGAGAGUGAAAUACUCAGCAGAGGCUGCGCUCCAGGCAUGGAUGGCAGUCCAUUACGGCAAUUCCAUUAUACCCGAGAGUUCGAACGUCACAAGCAACAUCUCAGAGCAUGUGCAGUCGGUGUGGCCAAGGUGUUACUUCGAUGCAGGGUACUGUGCAACCACGCGGAAGGUGUCCUACGGGGCGGUUCUACUCACGGCACAAGGGGGCUUCUUAGCAGCGUGUGCUGGACCGCUACCGGACUGCUAUUCACCUUUAAUGGCGGAGGCAGAGGCUUGUAAACAGAUCCUUCCAUGGCUGCGGGAUAAGGGGCUGGAGUCGGUGGAGAUUUACACAGAUUGUUCGCAAUUACGAUCACAGUUGCAGCACGGGAGUUCGAUUCGCUCUCAUGCAGGUUAUGCUAUCCAGAUCACAGAAUGUCGUAGCACAUACUCUUGCCGCAUUGGCUUUUUGGCAUUUAGGUUUUAUGUACUGGGACUCUGUCCCGCCUGA